GGCGGGGCGGUCGGGGGCGGUCGGGAGCGGGAGGGGCGGCCGGGCCGCGCGGCUGCGCCCGGAGGCCUCCUCGGUGGCGCUGGGAGCUGUCCGGGAGGCGCGCCCGCCCCGCCCCGCCGGACGCGCCGCUCCGAGAGCGCUUUCCACCCCCCGAGGGCGUUCGCGAACAAAACCCCGGCUCUUGCUUCCGGAGUCGCUUUUCUGGGACCCCGCUGCAGCCCUGCGCGCUCGGUUAUCCGACGGAAACGGCCCUCUUCUCCAGCCCUCGCCGGCAGAGCUAAGCAGGACCGAUUGUUGAGACCAAGCCCAAGGUUUGAAGUGUGGUCCUGUAAGAACCAGAAACCUAAAGGCACCGGGUCUGCCGCUAAAGUCCUGCCAUUUCUGGAAUCUGUGUAAUGACCAAGGUGGUAGGCAUGGCCACAGUUCUGGGCCCCAGGCCACCUCAGGAGCCGAUGGGACCUUCUGCCAUUAAAGUUGAAGAGGAUGAAGAGAAAGACAAGUGUCGCCCUAGCCUUGAGCUAUCCCGUCAGCGCUUCCGGCAGUUUGGAUACCAUGACACUCCUGGGCCCCGAGAGGCACUGAGCCAGCUGCGGGUGCUCUGCUGUGAGUGGCUGCAGCCGGAGAUCCACACCAAGGAGCAGAUUCUAGAGCUGCUGGUUCUGGAGCAGUUCCUGACCAUCCUGCCCCGAGAGCUGCAGGCCUGGGUGCAGCAGCAGUGCCCCGAGAGCGCAGAGGAAGCCGUGGCUCUCCUGGAAGACCUGGAGCAAGAACUGGACGAGCCAGGACUGCAGGUCUCAUCUCCUACUGAGCAGGAGCAGGCUUGGGAGAAAACGCCAACUUCGGGAAGUGCGGUGGAGUCCUUGAGCAGUGCCCAGGCCCAGCCUGUGGAUGCCAGCCCCAAGUAUGAGUUUUGGGGGCCCCUGUACAUCCAAGAGACUGGUGAGGAGAAGGUUUUCACUCACAAUGCAAGAAAGCGCCAAGGGUUUAAAUCGAAUCCCCAGAAGGAGGACUCGGCAGAUGAGCAGAGGAAUUCUGAAGAAGAAGCUCACGCAGACGGACUCAAAGAGGAUGUCAUCCCCGUGAUAUCUGCCAAUAAGUACGGGCCGAGGUCAGAGAGGCAGUGGGCCAGCAAUCUGGGACGGGAGAGGGGAGCAAAAGCCUCUCUUGAUGCCCCAGGUUUCAGGAAAGGGGCAGAACCAGCGUCUGCUAAGCCUGCCCCAGGGGAGAAGCGCUACAUAUGUGCAGAGUGUGGGAAGGCGUUUAGCAAUAGCUCAAACCUCACUAAACACCGGAGAACACACACUGGGGAGAAGCCCUAUGUGUGCACAAAGUGUGGGAAGGCUUUCAGCCACAGCUCCAACCUUACCCUUCAUUACCGGACACACCUGGUGGACCGGCCCUAUGACUGCAAGUGUGGGAAAGCCUUCGGGCAGAGCUCAGACCUCCUCAAACAUCAAAGGAUGCACACCGAGGAGGCGCCCUACCAGUGUAAAGACUGUGGGAAAGCCUUCAGUGGGAAGGGCAGCCUCAUCCGACACUACCGCAUCCACACAGGGGAGAAGCCCUAUCAGUGCAACGAGUGUGGCAAGAGUUUUAGUCAGCACGCAGGUCUCAGUUCCCAUCAGCGCCUGCACACAGGGGAGAAGCCCUAUAAGUGUAAGGAGUGUGGCAAGGCCUUCAACCACAGCUCAAAUUUUAACAAGCAUCACAGAAUCCAUACUGGUGAAAAGCCCUAUUGGUGUAACCAGUGUGGAAAAUCCUUCUGUAGCAAGUCAAAUCUUUCCAAACAUCAGAAGGUCCACACUGGAGAGGGAGAGGUUCUGUAGGUGUCGGUUCUCCUCUGUUGUUGCUGUUGUAAACGUUAGAACGUGAGUGUAGGAAGAAGCUCUGUGAUGCAGUGACGUGUGGUGGUAGGUUUUGCUGUAGUCAUCGGGUGCCAUGGAGGGAGAGCUGUGCCGUGAGCGGGCGAAAGGAGGACUGCAGAGCAGCAGGGGCCUGCUCGCUGCCCGCCUCGACCAGCAGGGUCCUCCUUGCUCCAGGCCCCAGUGGACUGUGCUCACAUUGCCUUCUGCAUAGUUAAGCUGAUGUGUGUCCAGUAUAGUUAAGGAAGAAACAUUAAAAUUGCUUAAGUGUUUUAACAUGUAUCCCACACUUGUAGUCUGUGAAGAAUUGAGCCGCCUUUAACAGUCUGUUUGAGAAUAAAUGUAUAGCAUCAUGUAA